AUGGGAAACGCGGCCGCCACGAAUUCGACAGGGACUUACAAAGUCUCUGAAACCCGUCUCGGCGUAGCUCGCAGCCUGCGGGUCAUCACCGUUGGCGCUGGUGCAGCAGGUCUGAAUCUUGCCCACCAGAUCGACAAGCACAUGCAAAAUAUCGAGCAUGUCAUUUAUGAAAAGAAUCCCGAGGUCGGAGGCACUUGGUAUGAAAACCGCUAUCCGGGGUGCGCAUGCGACAUUCCGUCGCAUUCCUACCAAUUUACCUGGGAACCCAAUCCUCGAUGGAAGAACUUUUAUUCUUCUGCUCCAGAGAUCCUGCAGUACUUUCUUGCAAUUGCCAAGAAGUAUGACCUAUACCGGUUUGUGAAGCUGAGCCAUCAAGUUGUCAACGCCCAGUGGGUCGAAGACGAUGGUAUCUGGAGGGUCACCGUCAAGGAUUUGAAUAGUGGUGCGGAGAUUGAGGAUUGGUGUCACUUCAUGAUUAGCGGGUCGGGAAUUUUGAACAAUUGGAAGUGGCCCGAUAUCCCCGGUUUACAUUCUUUCAAUGGCCAGCUUCUCCACAGCGCUGCUUGGGAUCCUGACGUAGAUUGGAGUGGCAAAACAGUUGCUGUACUUGGAAGCGGCUCUUCAGGGGUGCAAAUCGUUCCGACUAUCCAGCCUGAUGCGAAGCAGCUUAUCACGUUCCUCCGAUCGCCAACCUGGAUCACAGCUGGUUUCGCCCAGAACAAGGCUGGGCCCAAUGGCGCUAAUUUCGCAUUUUCCGAGGAGAGAAAAAGGGAAUUUGAGACGAACCCGGAAGCGUACAUGCACUAUCGCAAAGACGUUGAGGCAGAGAUCAACAAUCGAUUCAGUUUUAUCAUCAAGGACAGUGUAGAGCAAGCAGACGCCGUCAAGUUCUCCUCGGAGGAAGUAAAGAGCAAGCUUGGUGCUGGCCAUCCACUGCUGAAGUAUUUCUUGCCCGACUUCAGCGUCGGUUGCCGGCGCACAACUCCCGGAAACGGGUAUCUUGAGGCUCUAACCAAGGACAAUGUCCGUGUGGUAACUGAUCCGAUUGUCGAGGUCGUUCCGGAGGGUAUUAUACUUGCAACAGGAGAAGUAGUCAAGGUUGACAUGUUUAUCUGUGCCACUGGCUUCGACAUUUCCUUCUGUCCAAGAUACCCACUGAUUGGCAAAGACGGGAUUCAGCUUGGAAAGCAGUGGGAGAAGAAGCCUGAGGCGUACAUGUCCAUGGCUGUGCCUAACUUCCCCAAUCACUUUAUGUUCUUGGGGCCCAACGCUCCGAUUGGCCACGGAUCAGUGCUUCCAAUCCUAGAACAUUCGGCCAAGUAUAUUUUGAAAAUGAUCUACAAGUGCCAGACCCAGGAUAUCAAGUCUAUAGAGGUGAGAAAAGAGGCGGUCAGCGACUUUGUUGAGCAUGUUGAUACUUUCAUGGAGCGAACGGCGUGGAGCACUCACUGUCGAUCAUGGUUCAAGAAUGGAAAGAUUGACGGGCCGGUGGUGGCAUUGCACCCAGGCAGCAGAAUCCACUGGUUUCAUAUGCUGGACCAGCCCCGGCAUGAGGACUACGAGUGGACAACCACUGGACCCAACCGUUUCGCGUAUCUGGGCAAUGGAUUUUCUGUCCGCGAGACUAAAGGUCGGGAUCUAUCCGCCUACUUUGAUGACCCAGAUGAAGGAUUUGAGGGUAUUGCAUACUAG